AUGGAGCCGAAUGUAUGUGCAUUAAUUGAUGAAACUUCAUCAUCAUCAUGUUCUUUAUUCUCAUCAUCAUCAUCAUCAUCAUCAUCACCAUCACCACCGUCAACUAAAAUUACAAUCCGUAAAACAAUAACAAACAAACGAAAAACAAUGUUAACAGUCAACGGUUAUGAUUUUCAAAUGAAGAACUACAAUAAAACUAAGACAAUUAAAUUUUGGCGAUGUGCUAAUCGGGACUGUGGUGUUUUAUUACAUACAAAUCUUAACGAUGAAUUUUUACGUUUUUCUGGUAACAUGUUCGAUCAUUCGCAUUUACCAAAUCCAGCUGCAUUAGAGGUUCGAACUCUAAGAGAACGAAUGCGACAACGAGCUGAACGAGAAUUAUUACCUCUACAGGAAAUCGCUGAACAAGAAGUACGAAAAGGUUUACUGAGUGGUGAAGCUCUUGCAGUUUUACCAAAUAUUCUUAAUCUUGGUCAUAAUUUAGUACAUAAUCGUCGACAAGUGAUGCCACCACUUCCAAAGACAGAUACGUUCAACAUUCCGGAUGCAUACAAAAAAGAUCUCAAUGGUAAUCGUUUGUUAUUGCAUGAUAGUCAUGAUCCACAAUUUCAAAUUGGUCAAUCAUUAUGUACACAACCUGAAGGAAGAAUUCUUGUUUGGUCAUCGGAUAUGCAAUUCAAAUUAUUGUUCGAUAGUGAAAAACUAUAUAUGGAUGGGACUUUCUCCACUACCCCACAAAAUUUCGAACAGGUUUAUAUAAUUCAAGUUAUUCACCAUGAUACAUGUAUACCAGCGGUGUAUGCACUACUUCCUAAUCGAAAAACGACCACCUAUAGCUAUUUAUUUCAUGUUCUAUUUUCCGAAGCGAAAAAGAUUGGUAAAACAUUCGCUCCAAUUUUGAUCAUGACCGAUUUUGAACCGGGUGUUACCCGAGCGAUUGCGCUUGAUUUUACGGAAAAAAACAUUCAAAAAGGUUGUUUUUUCCGUUUUUGCCAAGCAAUUUAUAGAAAAGUUCAAUCAAAUAGUUUAUCAACAGCUUACCUCGAAGAUAUUAGAAUGCGGAGUGUUAUUCGACAAUUGAUGGCUUUGGCUUUAGUACCUCAUGAACAUGUUUCAUUAUUAUUCGAUCACCUUCUUGAAGGACUUGAUGAGCAUGAACGUGAACAGUUGGAUGGGAUAUUCAAAUACUUUGAAACCCAAUGGUUGCGACAAACAAACAUGUGGAUUGUUUUCAGCAUUUCUGACAGAACUAAUAACUACAGUGAAGGUAUGUAA